UGACAAUGACUUUCACGGAGUUUUUCCGUAACGAGGACAGUGGCUGUUACCAGAAGUACUUUUCGAUCACCUUAGCAAUUUUGGUUGUCGUCAGUUGUAUAGUGUUUUCCAAGCGUAAGGAAGAUAAACACAAAUUAUCAAAACAGAAUAAUAACCAACACGUACCAGAAGAUCAGAAUGGUGGACCUUUGAUUGAGACAUCAGCGAAUGAGCAGAAAAUUUGCAAUCAGAAAAGAUCGGACACGCCGAAAGUAGAAGUGGUCACUCCUGUCCCACUUAGUGUGAAUUAUCACUUCACACGACAGUGUAACUAUCAAUGUGGGUUCUGCUUCCAUACCGCCAAAACAUCAGCUGUGCUACCUGUGUCUGAGGCAAAGCGUGGACUGCGUAUGCUCAAGGAAUCAGGGAUGGAGAAGGUGAAUUUUUCCGGCGGUGAGCCGUUCAUUGUACAACGGGGAACCUAUGUUGGAGAAUUGGUAACUUUCUGCAAACGGGAUCUCGGGUUACCAAGUGUGACCAUUGUCAGCAACGGAAGCCUGAUAACAGAAAAAUGGUUCAAGAAAUACGGCGAGUACCUCGACAUUCUGGCGAUAUCCUGUGACAGUUUCCAUCCUCAAGUAAACAAAGAAAUCGGUCGUUACCAAGGUAGUAAAAACCACCUCCAGAGCCUCCAGACUGUCCGUGAUCUGUGUACCCUGUACAAGGUGGCGUUUAAGAUCAACACGGUGGUGAAUUCCUGCAACAAAGAUGAAGAUAUGACGGAAAAUAUCUUAAGUCUUUCUCCAUGUCGUUGGAAGGUAUUCCAAUGUUUAUUGAUUGGAGGAGAGAACGCCGGCGAAAACGCACUGAGACAGGCUGAGACAUUUGUCGUCACAGAAGCUGAAUUUCAAGCAUUCCUGGAUAGACACAGCAGUGUGGCCUGUCUUGUUCCAGAAUCAAAUGAAAAGAUGAGAAAUUCGUACUUGAUACUGGAUGAAUAUAUGAGGUUUCUUGACUGUACGCGUGGUGGAAAAGAUCCGUCCAAAUCGAUUCUAGAUGUUGGCGUAGCCGAUGCACUAAUGUUUAGCGGCUUCGAUGAAUCCAUGUUCUUCAAACGAGGAGGGAAAUAUAAGUGGAGCAAAGCCGACAUGAAACUUGAAUGGUGAAGCAGUCAUAGCACA